GCAAGAUGGCGGAGCUGGGGAAAAAGUACUGCGUGUACUGCCUGGCCGAGGUGAGCUCGCUGCGCUUCCGCUGCACCGAGUGCGCCGACAUCGAGCUGUGCCCCGAGUGCUUCUCGGCGGGCGCCGAGAUCGGCCCGCACCGGCGCUGGCACGGCUACCAGCUGGUGGACGGCGGGCGCUUCACGCUCUGGGGCGCCGAGGCCGAGGGCGGCUGGAGCAGCCGCGAGGAGCAGCUCCUGCUGGACGCCAUCGAGCAAUUCGGCUUCGGCAACUGGGAAGACAUGGCUGCUCACGUUGGAGCGUCACGGACUCCGCAGGAAGUGAUGGAGCACUACGUAAGCAUGUAUAUACACGGCAAUCUCGGAAAAGCCUGCAUCCCUGACAUAAUCCCAAACAGAGUGACUGACCAUACCUGUCCAAGCGGAGGUCCGCUUUCUCCUAGCCUAACCAUGCCUCUGCCACCCCUUGAUAUAUCGGUGGAUGAACAACAGCAGCUGGGAUAUAUGCCCCUUCGAGAUGAUUAUGAGAUUGAGUAUGACCAAGAUGCUGAGACUCUGAUUAGUGGUCUUUCAGUUAAUUACGAUGAUGACGAUGUGGAAAUAGAAUUAAAAAGAGCUCAUGUGGACAUGUACGUCAGGAAACUGCAGGAGAGGCAGCGACGAAAGAACAUUGCCCGUGACUACAACUUGGUACCUUCUUUUUUAGGGAAGGAUAGGAGAGACAAAGAAAAACCCGCAAAACGCAAAAUCACAAAAGAAGAAAAAGAGCUGAGGUUAAAGCUGAGGUCUCUCUAUCAGUUUAUGUCUUGUAAGGAGUUUGACGAUUUCUUUGAAAACUUGCACAAGGAGAAGGUCCUUCGAACCAAGAUCAGGGAACUACAGCGGUAUCGACGGAAUGGUAUAACAAAAAUGGAAGAGUCUGCAGAAUACGAAGCAGCUAGACAUAAACGAGAGAAAAGGAAAGAAAAUAAAAAUAUUAGUACGUCUAAGAGAGGAAAGGAAGAUGGUAAAGAUGGGGAAUUUGCUGCCAUUGAAAACCUCCCAGGCUUUGAACUUUUAUCUGACCGAGAGAAAGUACUUUGUAGCUCUAUUAAUCUGAGUCCCGCACGUUACGUGACUGUUAAAACGAUUAUAAUUAAAGAUCAUCUCCAAAAGAGACAGGGCAUUCCAUCAAAAAGUCGCCUUCCUAGUUACUUGGAUAAGGUACUAAAGAAAAGGAUUUUGAAUUUCUUAACAGAAAGUGGUUGGAUAUCCAGGGAUGCGUCUUGAAAUAUUGUAUGUCUACUUUGAAGUAGCAUUGGCGUGAACGAAGGACCUGUCCUUGGUCAGAGUAGUCCGUUUCCCUGCCUUUAAAGACACACACACACACACUCUCUCUCAAAAUCCUCUAGAACUGGAAUUUUCUCUCCUGGAUCAUACAAAUGCUAAAGUUUAUUUUGUGACCCUUCUUGGGAAGUUAUCUUAAAAAAACUGGGUGAGGCGGCUCACUAUCUGUUGAUCCAUUUCACCAUCAAAAGUGAAAUGUGGUACCCUGACAGUAGCUGCUGAGCUCCACUGCCACUGGACGAGCUACAUGGGUGGAGGGAAAGGUCCUUCAGCUUGUGGCUGAUGCUGCUAUCCUCUCCACAUUUACUUGGGAGUAAGUUCCGCUACAGUGUGUGGCACUUGCUGUCAAGUAAACCUGCAUGUGCCACUGAAUUCUGGAUUCUGAAUUUCAAGAGCACAAGGAAAUUCAAAUGUCUCGUUGGAUAUCUUUAGCGCUGAUCCUUUUUUGAUUCGCUGGCAAAGCAAUGCGUUCUGUGUGGUGGGAGCAUAGCGUAGUGGAUACACCAGAAGAAGGCAUUAAGAACUUUUCUCAGCUCGCUUGCUUGAGCGCCCCGUGAUGGCGAUACGCGUGGAGGGUGGCCUUUGGCAAACAAUUGGCACCGCGGUUCUAAGCUUGCAGUCGCUAACCAGGCACUCUGGUGUGCGUAGAAUGCCGCUUUUCCCUAUGGCUAGAGGGACUGCAGGGAGGCACCUGUGCACACUCCUUGUUCACACAGAAAUAGGCGAUGGUAAAGCCUACUGUGUUUUUUGGCAUGUGCUACCGCAGAAUGCAUCCUGGGCAAGUCUGCACUAUUGGGAACUAACCAGGCCAAACCGACAUCUACCAGGUAUGUACAGCGGACUGGUUCGCAUGUAGCGUCCCCCUUGCCUUCCCCCAUACUGGGCAAGCUUGGGCUUCAUGGCUUGCAAGCGAAGCCAGCCUAACUUAGACUAAGGUGCCUCAUGCUAUGGUGACGGCAAGCGGUUGACGCAAGGAAAGCUGUCCGGGCUGGUGGCCUGGAAGGGGCUCGCUCACGCAUCUCUUGGCCUUUCCUCAGCAGGCGGAACAAGUUCGACGUCACCGUUACCCUCCUCAAGGGGACUUUUGUCUUCUCUGUGCAGUGGCCUCCUUUUCUAAGGGCAGUGUGUCCUGCACCACCCUCGAAGAUGCUCUUGAAGCUGGAGAGAGGCAGUUUUUGCUGUGUGUUCUUUUAAAGGUGAAAGCGUGUUCGAUGUGUGGCAGCUGCCCCCCACACCCCUGCCCCAUGCAGCAAAGUCAAGGUGACAGUGCCAAAGCGAUGCUUCUCACCUGGUCGGCUGGA